UGCACCAAGGAGCGAUCAGCACGCUGUCGGGCAACAUCCUCCUUGUCAGUGACAGUCAGGGUGGCGCGCGACGAGUGACGUCACCAGGUGAGGCUAGCCUGGAGGGCUGCAGAAGUAACUGAAUUACGGCGGGUCUUCGUGAAACGGUUUGGGAAGAAGAUGGCCAAUUACAAGGAAACUCGCACGGACGAGAAAGAGGAGGAAAGCGGGACGGUGGCUGUCACCUCAGAGCGAGACGACACGAGUGAUCAUACAGAGAGUGAUGGAAAUGUGCAGUCAUCAAAAGAAACUGGAACGUCAUCCUUAGCAGAAGAAAAUUUUGAAGAAGAGGAAAAAGAAGUAGAUUCUCAGAAAAGUAAACAUAAACUCAAGACAGAGACCUAUCUUAAGCCAUGGUGUGAAAAAUGCAAGGCCUUGCAAACUCUUUCCUGUGAAGAAGUAUCUCCAAAAAAUACUUCCAAAGGGGGCUUUGUCUUGAAGCUGGAUAGUGAAGGAACAUACCAGUGCAUGGCAACUGGUUUAGUAUUUGAAGUAGAAGGAAAAAUUACAAUCACAUAUUCAGUACUAUCCUGGAGCAAAUACAGUAUGCAUCUGAAAAAACCAUGGAAGAUUGUUGGCCCACUUUUUGAUAUUGACUGUGAUCCAACCAUUCUAAUAGCAGUUCAUUUUCCCCACUCUCUGUGUUUAGGAGAUCAUGAUGCACACAUGAAGCUGAGAAUUCUCCAUUUUAAGAAAAGUACAGCCAUAAUAGAGCCCUCACAUGACCAUUCUGGGUCCCAUGUCAAGUGGAAUGUUACUUCACUGUCUCCAAUGGGUCCUAUUGCUGAGACAUCAGAGCCAGCAGGACAUCACGGUGUUGUUCUUAUUUAUAUGGUGGUGGGGCAUGGAUCUUCAACAUCCUUUCGCAUUCAUUUUUCUGCAAAUAAUAACUCUGAAAUACAGGAUAUAUAUCAAGACUGCAGAACAUCUUGCAAAAGAUACAUAAAAAUUGAUAAACCUCCUGUUUGUCAGAAACUAUUGGAAGAAAACAAAAAGUACAAGCUAAUCAGUGAGCCCGAAGCUGAUGUAACACCUCAGGAAAUACAGUUUGUGACAGAGGUUCUUGCAAUUAAACCUUACUUUGAAGUUUAUUAUGAACAACCAACUCCAUUUAAAAUAUCAUUAGUAGAAGCUGAUUCUGACCAGGUUAUCUGGACAACAGCACUAAGAGAGGAUGAUUUUGAUCAACGUUAUCUAAAAGGGAUUAAAAGGAGACGCUCUAGCAACACAUCUGAUGAAGAAGACAAUAAUUUUAAAAGUCCCAAAUGGAAUGAUAUGACAGAUGGACAACAGAGAAGCACUAAUGCAUGUGUAACAGACAAGCAGAUUAUGGCAAUUGCCCAGCGACUUGACAAAAAAUGGAAAGAGAUUGCCAUAACUUGCCUUAAUCUUUCAAAAAAGGACAUUGACAGGAUUCAAGGGGAGGAAGAUGAUCUUACAAUGCAAAAGUUUUUGAUGCUUGAUGAAUGGAGAAAUAAGAAAAAAAAUGAUGCAACAUUAAGAAACCUGUCCAAGUCUCUGCGAGAGUCUGAAAUUCCAGUUGAGCUAAAUAACUUUCUCGAAGAUAUGUUGAAAAACACAAAGGACAAUGCGAAGCAUUAAAACUGCUGGAUUUCUGGAAAUUUGUUGGUGAAUUUUAUGUCUUUAUCCUCAGGAAAUACUUUCACUUUACACUGUUUUCAGACAUUUUUACUUAUUUGUUGAACUUGUUCCUUGCCCUGGUAAUAAUAAACAUGAGACGCUCUGUGCAGUUUCAUUUUGUGUUGUUUAAUGUUGUGCAGAGGAUCAUUUCUUUAAUUAGCUUAAUAGAUACUUGUAUUAAUUGAACUUUACAAAAAGGAAUAUUCUUUAAAUUGGUGAAGCUGUGAAAAAGUGUUUAUCAGCACUUUAAAACCAGGUUUGACUUUUAUUCACAAGUUGGCUUUUUGCAACUUGUAUAACUGCCCUGUUCCACAUGAAAGAUGAAAUUAAUGUUAACUUGUUAUUGUUCAUAUAUUCAUUGAAAAUAUUGUUUUCUUAUCUGGAAUCUAGGAAGAUGAGUUUAUUUAGAAUCACUUGCAGCUCCUGCUCAGACAAGAAUGUUGCAAAUGUAGCAAUUCAACCUUUUAUGUUCAGUUCUGACAAAAUAUAUUUUUAUACUUGAACAAUCUAAAAACUUAACACUUGAGUUCUUUAUGUGAAUUUGGUUUUUGUGGAAUCAAUAAAAAAAUUGUGUCCAGUG